AUUGUUCGUCGAUGGCUUGAACACAGUGUGAGUUGGAAUACACCCGACAUGGUGUCGAAAAUCAGUUUCCAUUAUACCGAUUGUGUGUGCGGGAUAUUUUCAAUUUGAUUUUUUUUUUCUCUUCUUCAAAUCCUUUACUAAAGGGUCGCAAAUGGAUGAGUGGAUUUUUGAAGAUUAUUGUGGAAAGUUUGGCUUAAACACUGGCAUUCUCAAAUAAAUAAAAUAAAAUAAAAUUCGGCAGAUUCAAAGGAUCAUUACCGAAAUCGGAAAACUGAUUUUGCCAUCUAAAGGCAAGGGAAAAACGGGAGAAAAUAAAAUAAAAAAGUGAAAGGAAACGAAAAGCCCGUCUCGUGAUAUUUAUUGACGGUUUAAUAAUUUCCAACCACAUCAAGCGCGGUACGUACUGUGUAUCGCUUUUUGUUUUAUGAACGGGAUAAUGUGUUAUUUUUCUGUAUGGCGGUAAUCGAGCGAGGCAUAUAAUGAUGUGUUAGCUUUGACUACUGGUAAUAAAUUAAAUCGGUGACGCGCCGUAUGUGUGCUUUGUGCUGAUAAAUUAUAUUUGCGAAGGGUAUAAUAAAAGCCAGUGAUUUGUGGGUAUUAUUUCGUUCCGUUGAAGAAAAUAAUUAGAAUACUGGUUUGUCAUCAUCGAGUACACACAUCGUUUACCCGGAACAUACAGAAGAAGUAAAAAAGAAUCGGAGAGUAACACCCCACCGCACAGUGUAAACAAAACGAUCCGUUGUGGAUUCAUUUUUUUUGUGUUUGCUCUCAAACUUGAAAUGAUUUUUCAAUGAAAUAUAGUGGAGCUUUUGAUGGUAGUGCGUGUACGGCGGCGAUUCGAAACGUUAUAAUCUUGGUUAACAUAAACUUGGUCAAGGAAAGUAUUAAAUCAGCAUGAUUGAUACAAUUUCGCUGACGUGUGGGCGAGAUCGACAUUAAAUUUAAUUGGAUGCCAUUAUGAAUGACAAAUAGUACAAAGUGCAGUGAAUCUUAUCCCACGAUCUCCUCGAUUAUCCCACGAUAAAAGCAACAACAGAACGAAACGAAAUUAUCUUCACAAGAACCGAAACCGACAAACAAUAAAUAAAUUACCAUGGCAACACCGCCAGAUAGUCCCAUUGAAGAAGUAGUUUAUGAGCUGGAAACAGCUACACGGGUGCCAAAACCAAUACCAGUGGCUCUGGAAGACUUAUGUCGACAGACGAAAUUUACACGACAGGAAAUUCGGGUUAUGUAUCGAGGUUUUAAAACGGAAUGCCCUGAAGGUGUUGUACACGAAGACUGCUUUAAAGAUAUUUAUGCGAAAUUUUUUCCUCACGGAAAUUCUAGCCUUUAUGCGCAUUAUGUGUUCAAAGCUUUUGACGUUAAUUGCAACGGAGCAAUAAGUUUUCGAGACUUACUCGUAACGUUAUCCACACUUUUGCGUGGUUCCGUUUACGAAAGACUGAGAUGGACAUUCAAAUUGUACGAUCUAAAUGGUGACGGUUGCAUUAGUCGCAAUGAAUUAUCUGAAAUAGUACAAGCAAUUCACGAACUGAUGGGCAGACGUCCCCAUCAGCCGGAAGACGAUCGAAAAUGUAGAGAUCAGGUAGACAGGGUAUUUCGUAAAUUGGAUCUAAACCAGGACGGUGUAAUAACAAUCGAAGAAUUUUUAGAGGCAUGUUUAAAAGAUGAUCUGGUCACAAGGUCCCUCCAAAUGUUUGACGCUACACUUUGAUGUUCGCCGGAAGUUAUUGUUAGCAACAAAAAUAAGGAAACGAUUUCUUUGAUAGAUUUGUAAAAUAUUUAACAAGCAAAACAGAAAAUAAAAUUUAAAAAAAACGAAAAAAAAUGGCUGAAAUAAUGCAGAAUAGGGAACUAGACGGGAUCAGACUGGUUAUAGAUAUAGAUGAAUGCUUUGUUGUGGUGUUGGUAUGUGAUCCAGCCCGCCACUUAUCACUAUUACCAUAACUGACUCGAUCGCAUUCAGUUCAUUAUGGGGAAUUCCAAUUUUUGAAAAACAGCCCACCAAAAUCGGACGUAUUUU